AUGAAACUUCAGCCUGCGUGUACUAACUCCAAUCUGCAAGCACGCCUGCUUCGAAAACUUUGGUCAGGACUGAUCCUGUAUCACAACUGCGAUGUGGUUCUUGUCACCGAGCUGCUGUGGAAGAACUUUGUGAAGUCUGCUGCCGAGGAGCUUCCGCUUCCCUACCAGGGCCGGCUCCGGUUCCGGCCCUGCGGCGGGGACACCUCGCGCCGCGUCUCCGGGGACAUGGCGCGGUUUGUUCUCAGUCUUGGGCAGGAUUCUCUGGCUCUGCAGGCCCUCGUCUUUUCUCGCUCUGAGGUGGAGUUCUUCAGCUCAGAAGGGUGCUUCUUCCACUGGGCAUGGGAGGAGAGGCCGACAUUCAUCGUCUUUGGCUUCCUGAUGAUCCACGUCGCCAUGAUCAUUUCAGAGGCCCUGCAGAUUCCCAUCGUGGGUUUCAUCUUGCAGCCUCUGCGUGAGAUUGAGCCAACGAUGGAGAGGACGGCCUUGGACGAGCUUUUUGGGCCUCUUCGGCGGGUCUUCGCGGGGCAGAAGUUCAAUGCCGUCCUUCAGCAGGUGAUGGAAUCUCUCCCCGACCGGUACACGCUGAGGGACCUUCGCCUCUCACGCGGCCUUGCGCCUUGCCCCUCCAACAUCCUCGCUUCAAAUCAGCAGGCCGAGGAACUGCGCCAUCACAAUGUUCCCUUAAUCGUGCCGGUCAGUCCUGUAGCGCUUGGGGAGCAGGUUGCUACUUUGGCCGAGAAGGGGAUGAGGCUCACGGACUUCAUCUUCCUUCGCCAGGGCUCCUGCCAACUGGAUGCGGAGGUCAGCGACUUCAUCGCCCGCGCAAAGCAAGAUCGCCGGAAAGUCGUCGCCAUGACCUUCUCCUCCAUGCCGGUAGGUGAGAGGCGCAUGCUGGAGAUUGCUGCGGCCAUCUGUCGAAGAUGCCACACGCCGGAAGAGGGACGGAAGCCUGUUGUGAUCGCCUUGGUCAGUGGGCAGCCUCCAGAGGAGACGAAUAUCCCUGAUAUCCAGCGGCUCGAAGAGAAGCACCGGCUGCUCGUCCUUCGACGGCCGGUGGACUUUGGCGCACUAUUCCCGAAGGUGGAUGCGGCAAUACUUCACGGAGGCCUCGGCGUCACCUCCGAGGCCCUGUUGGCAGGUAUCCCGGUGGUGACCAGCGGCAUCCUGCUAAUGGACCAACGCUACUGGGCCGCCCGGAUCCAUGAGUUGGGCUCCGGCUGCGAGGAUGAGGACGUGUCAUUUCAAGUGAGCCUGAUGAAUGGCGCCCACGCCACCAUCACCUGCAAAGCGGCCGACAAGCUGCAGAGUCUGCAUGGUCGAAUUUCGGAGGCUUUGGAGGGCGUGGGCUGCCGCAGCCCUCUUUGCUACUUCCGUAGCACGCAGGAGAACCCACAACUGCUGGCAGGCCACACUGAAGCGGCUGAGGUCGCAGGGGCAGAGAUAAGAGUGGUGGUGCAGGCUGAGCCUAUCUGGUGCAGUGAGAAAUGCUUCCGCCGGGCUGCCUCCUUCAAUGAGCUUCCGGGCUAUUUGGACGACCAGUGGGAGGAAGAGCGUCUCCGAUUUUUUACGUGUGGCGUCUUCGAGCUACACAAGCACUUUCACUCAAACCAUGGUAGCAUGCCAGCAGAAGACUGCUUGGAAAAGGAGAACUACCUUGUAGCGACGGGAGAGUGGGAGCUGGAUGGGGAGGAUGUUCUCCUGAUCGGAAUGCAGAAAAUCUGCGGUCGCAGCAGUGGCCAAACCGUCACGAAGAGCUUCAGGCGAAAGUGCCGGAAGAGAGACCUCCUCUACUCUCCAAGCUGGAUCGUCACGUCCAUCGGUUCGGAGGGAGAGGUCAUUCCGGAGUAUUACCGCGGCAGCGUUGAAUGCAUCGACCGGAACGUAGUGCGCGAGCCAGCAGACUGGUAA